GACACGACUUGGAGGUAAAUCGAAGCAUGAAAGAGUAUUUCUUCCGGUGGAGCUAAAACAGCUUGCCGCAAAUCUCGUAUGAAGAUUUUGUGGUCUUUUUCAUGGUAAUCUUGCAGCAGUGAGAAGACCAUGGAUGUAGACAAAUCGCCUCCAAUUCUGAAAGUUGGGGACAAGCCACUUGUGAAUGGAGACUGCAAAUCUCCUGCUGAGUCGUCAGACCCUGUCCUCGAGUCCCCCAAAUCUGUUCCUGCUGGUGCUGCUGUUGGAUUUCGUCACCACCUACCACAGAUUGCGAACUUGACUCGGAACACAAAGAUUGCGCAGAGCAAGGCCAGCGCCAAUAGAGGGAGUGCUGAGUGUGCACCAGAUGUAGAGGCAACAUUACAUAUUGAGGGCACAGGAAAGGUUGUUAAGUUGGAUGCAGACCUGAAGACAGAACUAUGUGUACAGGAAGCUGGAGAUGUUAGUCCAGGUACAGGUGAUGUAGCAAAAACUGAGGAACAAGCAGACAAGGAGAAAAGUGAAGAUGCAAGCAAGUCCAAAUCCCGCAGUGCUAAAAAGAGUAGAAAAGCUUCAAGCGCUAAAAAAAAGAAUGCAGCAGAGACACAAAGUACAGAGAAAAAUACAGAAUCAAAAAGUCCCCCUGAAAAACCUUCACCAGCAAACCAGACUUAUAAAAAUAUCUUCCAGGAAACUUUGAUUCAGGGUAAACGCAACAGGAAACCUAAAAAGAUUGACUUUGAAGAAGAAGAGAAAACGCCACCUAAGGCUGCAACAAGUAGUGUGCGUAAAAAAACACCUGAAAUAAAGGUGGAGGCUUCUUCAGAAGCAGAUUCUAAGCUGGAGAAUGAGAAACCAGCCCAGUGGUUGGUUGGUGAUGUUCUGUGGGGAAAAGUACCAGGGCACCCUUGGUGGCCAUGUAUGGUGUCCUACGACCCAUUUCAGGGACUCUACACAAAGUUCAAUAAACGGGUUCGUUUGUAUCAUGUGCAGUACUUCGGUCAUGAAGAAGAGAGAGGAUGGCUUUUCUCUUCAAGCAUUAUGGAAUUUAAAGGCAGGAAGCAAUACGAAGAUCACAAGUCUGAGGCUCUUAAAACUGCAAGUAAAUUUGCGAAAGGAAAACUUGAAAAACUGUACAAGGUCAACCCCAGUCGUACAGCAGCAUGGAAUAUAGCCAUAAAAGAAGCGGAGGAGGCGUUGCCGAUGUCUAGGAAUGAAAGAAAACAGCACUACACCUAUAUAUAUGCAUCAAAAGACAAAGGUGAAAGUAAAAAUGCGAAUAACAAGGGCGAUAGUAAACUUGACAUUAAACUGGAGGAAACAGACUCUGUGAAAGACACCAGGAAAAGAAAAAGGAAAUCUGACAAAGAGGAAUCGGUAGUUACAGCCACAGCUAAACGAAAAAAGGUGGAGACCCCUCAUUUGAGCGAACCCUUGGUAUCGCCGAAACUCGGGAGUGGGGAUGGGUCCUUUGAUGUCUUUUGUCAGAAGCAUAGAGACAGUGCCACGGAAGAACAUCCAGACUUGGAUGAGGAUGGAUUGGUGGCAUAUCUGAAGCAGCAAUGGUGUAUGAUGAGUAAAAAACAGAAAGCUAGAUACAAAUCCAAGUUCACAUCUGACCAGGGUUCCCCUGAGCCACAGAGGAAGUUGGCAUCAGGCCGAAUCUCCAAACCAACCUCAAAAUUUUUAGAAAUGCUAGAAGAAACAGAGGAAGAAGAUUUGUCUGACAAAGCUGAUAAAAAAGCAACUCCAAAACCAAAGGCUUCUAGCCGAUCUGGGCGACGCCCUACUACACCAGAAUCCAGUUCAUCUCUUGAUUGUAUCAUUAACCAUGUGGCUACCGGAGUGAUGGGAGUGCAGGAGACAAGUGAAGUAGUGGCAAAGGAGGAAAAGGAGGAGGUUACUACAUCCGUUCCUACAACAGGACCAGUGAAGGUCAGCCGGAGGAGAAAGUCUGCAGCAUCCUCUGUCGAUACCGAUAGUAACACCGACACUCAGGAGGAAAGCAAACCUGUGAUACCAGUCCCUAAGGCGGCGGCGACUAAGGAACCGGAGGAGGAGUAUGAGCUAGAAAUAUUUAAAUUGUCAUCACGUGCACCAACGAUGAAGGAGAACCUGUGUGAAAUCUGUCACAAGGUGGGGGACCUGCUUAUAUGUGAAGGCCAAUGUCAGGGGAACUUCCACAAAGACUGUCUCGGUUUAAGUGUGACGCCAUCUGGAGACUUCAAAUGUGAUGAGUGCACUACAGGAAACCAUACAUGUUUCUGCUGCAAGAAGGCUGAUAAAGACACGAGAAUUUGUACUGUGCCUGCAUGUGGAAAAUUUUACCAUGAAAACUGUGUGAAUAAGUGUUUGAAUGCACGGACAGAAAGUAAAGGGCUUGUAUGUCCCCUACAUUGUUGUGCCACCUGUUCUAUAGAUAAUCCCAAGAGUGCCAGGAACAGUAACAGAGGUAAACUUUUACGGUGUAUCCAGUGUCCGACAGCGUACCAUACAGGAGAGUUUUGUAUAGCAGCCGGUAGCGAGAUUCUGCCAGGGUACAACAUUCUCUGCAGUAAACACUUCCAGCCACUACCGUCCCAGCGACACCACAGUCACGUCAACCUCAGCUGGUGUUUUGUCUGCAACAGAGGAGGGUCCUUACUGUGCUGUGAGAGUUGCCCUGCAGCUUUCCAUGCAGAGUGCCUGAAGAUGGAUCAUACGCCUGAGGGCAGUUGGUACUGUCAUGAUUGUACUCAGGGCAAAAGACCACUGUAUGGAGAUAUUAUUUGGGUGAAGCUCGGGAACUAUAGAUGGUGGCCUGGUGAGAUUUGUUGUCCUCAUAAUGUGCCUUUGAAUAUCCAAGAGAAGAAUCACCAGGUUGGCGAGUUUCCUGUCCGAUUCUUCGGUUCUCACGACUAUUUUUGGAUUCACAUGGGCAGGGUAUUUUCAUUCCAAGAAGGGGACAAGGGAAGCAAGGAGUCCAGUUUGGGGAAGCACCUGGCUAAGGUGUUCUCUAAUGGUGUAACAGAGGCCAUGGAAGCUUACAAAUUGUGGAAAAAGGCCAAGGAGAACAAGGAACAGAUAGAACAACAAAAGACAGACAGAAAACCAGCUCCUUACAAGUUUGUCAAAUCAAAUGUUCCUCUGGGUAGUGUGCAGAUUUACAAGGCUGACUUGUCGGAGAUCCCAAGGUGUGAAUGUCGACCAGAUCAUGAGAAUCCCUGCAGCAGUGAGACGGACUGUCUCAACCGAAUGCUGAUGUAUGAGUGCAAUCCUGCUGUGUGCCCUGCUGGGGAAAAAUGUCAGAAUCAACGCUUCCAGAAACGUACUUACCCCGACUCUGUACCAUUUAAAACUGCCGAGGGCAGAGGCUGGGGACUGAAAACCCUAGCCGAUGUUAAAAAGGGACAGUUUGUGAAUGAGUAUGUAGGAGAUUUGAUUGACGAGCAGGAGGUGAAAAAGAGAAUUGAUACGGCCCAUGAGACCAACAUUUCUAAUUUCUACAUGUUAACACUGGACAAAAACAGAAUUAUAGAUGCAGGCCCCAAAGGCAACCUGUCUCGGUUUAUGAACCACUGCUGCAACCCGAACUGUGAAACACAGAAGUGGACCGUCAAUGGAGAUGUUCGCGUGGGACUCUUUGCCCUCCAUGACGUACCAGCAGGCUCUGAGCUGACCUUCAACUACAAUCUUGAAUGCCUUGGUAAUGAUAAGACAGCAUGUUGUUGUGGUGCUCCUAACUGUAGCGGAUUUUUGGGUGUUCGACCCAAGACUGCAGCUGCUGUCGCUAAUGAGCGAAGAGCUAAAGAAGCAUUGGAGGCAAAGAAGAAGAAAAAGAAGCCGAAGAAGAUAAAAACAGAUAUCAAGAAAGAACAUGAAGAUGAAUGUUUUAGGUGUGGAGAAGGUGGUGAGCUUGUCAUGUGUGACAAAGCUGGUUGUCCCAAAGUCUAUCAUCUCCAGUGUCUCAAGCUCAACAGACCACCACACGGGAGCUGGUACUGCCCUUGGCAUCACUGUGACAUGUGUGGUAAGGUGGCGGUGAAGAUGUGUCAGGAAUGUCCCAACUCAUUCUGCCAGAACCAUAUAGAGGACAAUCUGAUCGAGGUCAAUGGUGUUCUCUUGUGUAUGGAGCAUGAAGACACAGAGGCAACAUCAUCCAGCUGUGCAUCCUCUUUUGUUUCAGACAGCCAAUCCGAUGUUGGGGAGGCGAACGAUACGCUAACAGAAAACAUGGCAGACAACAGUAAUCAUUCAGCUGCAGAUAAUCAUGGGGAAAAUGGAAAGGAUGAUGUCUCAAAAACACUGGAUACAAAAAAGUCAGGAAAGACUGUAACAAAAAAACUCCCGAGUGUAAACAUUCCUCAUAAAGCUAUCACCAACCUUGAUAGAAAACGCAGCUUAAACAAAAAAGACAGUCGUCGAAAGCGACAGAUGGGGAGUGGAGUAACCCCAGAGGCAGGUGGUAAGAAAGGGCGCAAGGCAGAUUGUGUGGAGGGUCGGAAAGCACAAGGAGGCAAAGGGGACCCCCUGGCUGUUGCCCCCAUGUUUGAUGACAGUGAUGAUGAUGGGUUUUCUAACCUCGUUAUAGACAUACCACAGAUCAAUUAACCACACAAUGUUGACUCUCCUAUUGUUUUAAGUGUAACUUCAUAUUUUAAUCUUAAAAUUUAAAGACUUGAAUUUACCAAACUUUGAAAGAUAUAUUUUUAAAAAAUAUGAAUAGCAUUCUGCACUGUUUGUAAAUAGUGGAAAUCUUCUCAAAUGGAUUUGUAUUUCUCUAUUGAGGAUGCCUGUUUUGAUAAAAUUCUAAUUAAGGAAAUUACAAGAGCUAUGCAAUAUUACACUAAAUUGAAUUUUAUAAACAAUUGCUUCCUUUCCAAACUGUUUUUCAACCUGAUCAGAUGAUUUAUUUUUUCUUUCGGGGAGAAAAUAAAAGUUUAGAGUCAGUCUUCAUUAAAAGACUUUUAUCUAAAUUGUUGGUAAAAAAUGAAAAUUCAUGAGAACAAUUUGUCUGAUGUGCUUCAAAACCAUCCACAUUUACAUAUUUUAUCAGUUUUUAUCCCAUACAGUUUUACUUGGUCAGAUAGGUUUGUUUUACUUCUCGUUCACCAUGCCUCCACCCUCUGGCAUUGUGUGUGGUUCAUGUGUACAGGAAAAACUUAUAAUAUAUAGAAAGUUUGAAGCAGAAUAUUACAACACUGCUAUUUACAGUAUAUCUAAGUCUUGUAUAAACAUUUUAAUGUGUAAAUAAACAUUGGUGUAAAUAUGUAUAAACUGUUCCAAGAGAGACACUGUGGAUGUUACUAACUAUAGUGUGUAGAUGAUAGUGAACAAAUAUAAAAACAUCUUAAUGGAUUUUUAAUUUGUAGCCAGGGCCACGAUGACACUGCCAGACGCUACAGAGAAAUGAAAUAAUAUUUGUCACGUCAGUCCUGUCUGUCAUAGGUGACGUCCCAUUCAUCAAACCUCCCAGAUUUAAUCUAUUUUGGGUAGAAAUAUUCCCAUAUUAAGCCAGCCAUAGCUUUGAUGUUGUUGGGAUGUGGGAGUGCUAAGUGGAUAAAAAUCAUGUUAUUUUAUAUGGUGUUGUAUUUAUCAUGAACAAUCAGUCACAACUCAGUCCAACUGAUUCAUUAUGUACAUUUCCUAUGUGAACCUGUCCACUGUGGUAGUUAAUGUAACUUGUCUGUGAAUCAAUCAGUUAUAGAACUGUUCAGGGAAUAUUUGUCAGCAGGUUGACUCUAGCUUUGCUGCUCCACCAGUCGUCUAUAAAACCAGCUAAUAGGACAAUUUAGCAGGUGCCCUUAUCAGUCAGCAGCUACAGAGCCCCAACAUGGAGAUGUGAGUUCUAUGUCUUCAUCCCAGUAUGGGGAUGUGUAUACAAACAUGGAUCAGGAUUGGUUGGAUUUUGUAUACUGGUAUUGUUAUCUGCAAGUCUAUACGUUUGAGAUGUUUUGUUUCCUUGGAGAACUUCUGAUGAAAUAGACUUUAAUGUUUACUCUGGAAAGUAUUGGACUAUCUGUGUGAUAUGAAUUGAUUUUGUUCGUAUUCAGUGGCCAUAACUUUAAAUAUCAACUAGGAUAUUUUGAUUAGUUCAUCAUUGAAUAUGGUAUGCAGUUGUUUUCAAGGUAUUUCCUGAUAAUGAAUACAAUUUAAUUGUGGACCAGGGCUCUAAAAAUAUUCAUGAAAACACAAUCAUGGUAAUUUGUAUUAAAAAUCUUUUGAAUGUUGACUUUUUUUUACUUCAUAACAAAAUAUUUCAACGAUAUUUUGGGAUUAACUAUUAUCAGAAGCAGCAAGACGAUAAUAUGGUGAUAAUUUCUGAAUGUAACCUUUUACCAUACGCAUAGACUUUUAUCAUCUCCCAUCAUUCUGUGUAUACAUAUUUCUUCAAAAUAAUAAAAAGUAUGUUUUCAUUGA